GAAUAUUAAGCGGAAAUUAUUUUUUUUAAUUAUUUGAAAUUUAAGAAAAAUGAAUUCCUGGAGUUCAAUUGGAUUCCUAGCCGUGCUGGUGUGUUAUAUGAAGGCCGAAGAUAUUACAAGGGAAAAUGUUCUGACCAUAGUCGAGGAGUGCAAGGAAGAAGAAGGGGCCACUGAUGAGGACAUUGAAACAUUUAAGGCCCGUCUUCCGCCGGUCAGCAAGGAGGCCAAAUGUAUGCGGGCCUGUCUAAUGCGUCAUUUGGGUGUGUUAGUUGAUGGUGACUUGUCCAAAGAAAAGGCCAUCAAAUUGGCUGAGGUCGUCAUUCAUGAUGAGGAUAAAAUUCAUUUGGCAGCCACCUUGGUUGAGUCGUGUGAGUCUUUGGAUUUUCAUGAAGAUCCCUGUGAAGCUGCUGGCCAGUAUAUUACUUGCAUGAAUAAAUAUGCCCAGGAGCAUGGCAUUAUGGAUGAUUAAAUUCCAAUAUUUUUUAUAUUUAAAUGAAGUUGUUUUUUUUUUUUCUAAAAUAAAUAUAUUCGGUUAAUUGGGACAUAU